ACAAUGUCAUUCGUUGGUCGAAGCCCUAACAGGAACGAUGGAUUUCACCCACAAGCGAGUCUUCUACAUUCUGUUGACGAUCCUGGACCCGUUGGUGACGGAACCGGUCGACGAUACCGUCGAGGAUGAGACAUAAUCGCUGACCAACUCCAACCGACCUGGAAAUUCGUCGAUUGAUAUCAGACUGUUAAAAAAAAAGAAAAAAGCCAACGUCUCACCGUGUGUUCGCACGUUGGUCGCGUCUCGUCGGUGUGCGCCGAAUUGAUCAGCAUGAAAUCGAUCAAGUGCCGCAGAUCCCGAUCCACCAGUGACUUUACUAACGUGAAUCUGAACGAUCUCGAUGACUUGUUGCACGGGAAGCGGAUGAAACUGUCGAAAACCUCGUUUCGCUUGGUCGAUCCUGAGGGCUGUUCGAACGAUUCCAAGGAGAAGAAGCAGCCUGCGAAGGACUCCAAGGACAAUAACCACUGUCCAAACUGCGAUUCCUCGGUGUGGAUGAGAUCCUGCGAGAAAGAAGUGAUAGAUCCAUUAUCCGGCAAAGUGACCGGCACGAUUCCACCUUGGCUGAAGGGUACAUUGCUCAGAAACGGACCCGGCAGCCUGAAGGUCGGCGAGUUCAGCUUCAACCACCUGUUCGACGGUUCGGCUUUGCUGCACCGAUUCGCGAUUUCGAAGGGCAAGGUGACGUACCAGUGUAGAUUCGUCCAGACCGACGUGUACAAGAAGAACAAGGCUGCCCAGAGGAUAGUGGUCACCGAAUUCGGGACGAAAGCGGUGCCUGAUCCUUGCCAAACAAUCUUUCAAAGGAUCGCGGCGGUGUUCAAGCCUGGCGAGGACUCUGACAACUCGAUGAUAUCUGUCUACCCUUUUGGAGACGAGUUUUACACGUUCGCAGAAUCCGCUGUGAUCCAUCGUAUCGAUCCCGAGACUUUGGAGACCACUGGCAAGGUGGCAGUGUCGGAUUACGUUGGCAUAGUGAACCAUACGUCCCAUCCCCAUGUGAUGAACGAUGGCACGGUUUAUAAUAUGGGGAUGAGCCUAACUCCUCGGGGACCGAUGUACAAUGUAGUGUGCUUCUCGCCGAGUUGCCUUACCAUCGACGACGCUGGAGAAGAGAAGGAGUUGUCAAUGUUCGAUCAGGCCACCAUAGUGGCCACAGUUCCAUCCAGGUGGUUGCUGAACCCCUCCUACAUGCACACGUUCGGCAUCACCGCAAACUAUUUCAUAUUCCUCGAACAACCCCUAGCAGUGUCUCUGACCACUAUACUGUCCUGCAAAGUGAAGCAGGAACCGAUGCGCGCAGCUUUAAAGUGGCACGAGAACGAGAACACCCUUAUACAUCUGGUUUCAAGGGAAACGGGCCAGCUCGAGAGAACCUUCGUCAGCGAAGCAUUCUUCUAUCUUCACAUCAUCAACCAAUUUGAAACACGCGAUCACGAUUAUGUGGUUCUCGAUAUCUGUUGUUACCGUGAUUCGAAGAUGCUGGACUGCAUGUUCGUCGAUGCAAUGAAGAACCUGCACGAGAAUCCCGACUAUGCCAAGAUGUUCCGCGGCAGACCGCUGCGGUUUGUCCUGCCGAUGAACCGUCCAGAACCAGACGUCCCGGUGGAGCAGAAUUUAAUCACAGUGAACACUGUGAACCAGGGUCUAGAAUCGUUCAAGGACGUGGACGAGUCGCGACAGGACGACGCUGCACCAGACUCUACCUCGACGAACGAGACUUCAGCUGACAAAGACGAGAAAACCGACUACAGAAAUGUUCUCGCGAGGAAGGCGACUGCACACAGACUUCCCGACGGCAACGUUUUCGUGAAACCAGAGCUGCUCUGUGAUUUAGGGUGCGAGACACCGAGACUGAACUAUGACUGCUUCCUGGGCAGGGAGUACCGAUAUUUUUACGCGAUUUCCAGCGACGUCGACUUGGAGAAUCCAGGAACGCUUAUCAAGGUGGACAUCUUGAAGAAGACGAGGAAGACAUGGCAGGAGAAGAACGUCUACCCCAGUGAGCCCAUCUUCGUCCCCGAUCCGAACGGAAAGAACGAGGACGAUGGCGUGGUCCUGAGCUCCAUAGUGUGGUCGAACAAGGAGUCGCAGGUGGGCCUGUUGGUUCUAGACAGCGUGACUAUGACAGAGAUCGCGAGGGCCACCUUCGAGGUGCCUGGCCCGGUGCCAAAAUGCUUACACGGCUGGUUUGCCUUGGACAAGUAGAAUAAACUCCGAUUACAAAGCGGCGAGUAUUCUUUACCGAAAAACGUGACCUAGAUAUAUCGCUGGCUGGCUUGCGCGGAAUAUGUAUGUAUUUUACAUCGAUCGACAUCGCAAUUUGUGUACGCUUUGGCUCUCUUCCGUACCGAGCUUUAGUAUUUUUUUAUGUUAAAUAACCGACUCGUUAAUUGCGCUCGGCCGAUCAACCCUCGGACGGUUCCGCCUGGGUAAUUAAUGUCACACAACGCGAGACAGUCGCUCCAGAAAGUCGCUGUACACUUUCUCGAUUUUUGACAAAUUGUCGACAUCGAAACUAUCAUAAUUUCGUAGAAUGAGGUCGUACGGCAAUAUAAGCUUGGACUCAUUUUGAAGCUCGAAGCUUCUACUUUUGCUGUGCAUAGUUCGUUUUCUUACGACACGUUGAUGUAUAAUAUAGCAGGUGCGAAAUUGGAGAUAUGCUUCUUCUUGGAAAUCUUACAGAUUGAAAAGUUUGUAAUUUUUCUCGCAAUUGACCUUAACACAUAGAUUACAGGAUCGAUGACAACGAUCUGUUAAACUUUGGCGUACGAUUUUUUUUUAAAUCGCUUUAUCGGGCUUCAAGUUUACCGUGAGUCCAGAUUGAUUAUAUUACGAAAUUAUAGCAGUUCAAAUGUCGACAAUUUGUUGAUCUCUUUCCUCCAUGGGAGACGAAAUAUUUAAAAAUGUAGAGAGAAUUUAUGUUACCGACUGGUUACACUAUGUGAUUUGUUGAAAGUCCAAAGACCAGGUGAAUCGAUUGUGGAAGAGUAGGGUCAGAACAGACCCGGGUCUGUCCGAGGGUGGACACAGUUUUUUCGGCAAGCGAAAUGGCGACGGGGACGAGCAUCGACAACCCGGCGCGUCGUGGAUCUUCGUAUAAAUAUCGACACAGCACAAUAUGUAAAUAGUAUAAUAAAUUAUUUAAUGUCUUCUCCCGAAUUGUACAGAUUGUACGGAUAAACUCGGCGGCCGUCGAAGCGUCGUCUACGGCCUGUAGUGAAACGCGCGGCGAGAUAGAUUUACAAUAAAAUGGGAUGCAUCGCGAAGUUGUUCGUCAAGAUGGAA